UCUUGGGGUUUGCUGAUAAGAAAAAUCAAGGUCGGCAAUGGCGUUUUCCAUGUCAUUCGGUGCGAGAGCGGCGAUGGGGUUUGAGAAGCAGGUCCUCAAGGCCGGCAAUGGCGCCACACCUCUCCGAGGCCAAAGCGUCACCGUUCACUGCACUGGCUUCGGGAAGGAUGGUGAUCUCAGUAAGAAGUUUUGGAGCACUAAAGAUCCUGGGCAGCAGCCAUUCACUUUUAAGAUUGGCAUGGGUUCCGUCAUUAAAGGUUGGGAUGAAGGGGUUAUAGGUAUGCAACUGGGAGAAAUUGCUCGGAUUCAGUGCUCUCCAGACUAUGGGUAUGGACCAAAUGGAUUCCCAGCAUGGGGGAUACUCCCCAACUCUGUUUUAGUUUUUGAGAUCGAAGUUCUCAAAAUCCAGUAAACUAUGGAAUCCAGUAAACUAUGAGACAUGUAUCUUACGGAGGUAAUCGUAGCAUCUCCUGCUCUCACUUAAUAAUACCUUUGAAGUUAAUCCGAGAACAGGAAUUUCGGUUCAUAUUAAGCAUCUUGAGAAAUAUAUAACUCAAAAUUCUUCUAUUUUUAUUGACUAUGAAGCUCAUUUUCCAUCAAAAGAUAUACACUCGAAUUUCAGUUGUUUGUGUUGGUUAUUUGUUUUAUGAAACUGUAUAUAACAAGGUUGCUUUUAUAA